AUGGCGGUGCGGACCAUGCAGAGAGUGCAGGCGGUUCACCUUGAAUCGGACGCUUUCCUGGUUUGUCUCAAUCACGCUCUGAGCACAGAGAAGGAGGAGGUGAUGGGUCUGUGUAUAGGGCAGUUGAAUGUUCACGGGAGGAGUGACUCCAAGCUUGCAUACGCUGGAGCUGAAAUGCGCACAGUCGUGAACAAGAUGGAGGCCGUCAGAAUUGUUCACAUUCAUUCUGUCAUUAUCUUGCGACGUUCUGACAAGACAAAGGACCGGGUAGAAAUUUCUCCGGAGCAACUGUCUGCAGCCUCAAUAGAGGCAGAAAGGUUAGCGGAGCAAACAGGUCGUCCCAUGAGAGUUGUUGGCUGGUACCAUUCCCACCCUCAUAUAACUGUUUGGCCGUCUCACGUCGAUGUACGUACGCAGGCCAUGUAUCAGAUGAUGGAUCAAAGCUUUGUAGGACUGAUUUUUGCUUGUUUCAUAGAAGACAAACCCACAAAGAUUGGCCGGGUACUCUAUACUUGCUUCCAGUCUGUACAGGCAUCAAAGAGUUCAGAAUAUGAGAGACUUGAGAUCCCAGUCCACAUUGUACCUCAUACCACCAUUGGGAAAGUGUGCCUCAGGUCAGCAGUGGAGCUGCCGGGGAUCCUAUGCCAGGAAGAACAAGAUGCGUAUAAGAGGAUUCACAGCCUUACACAUCUGGACUCAGUGACCAAGAUCCAUAAUGGCUCUGUAUUCACCAAGCAUCUGUGCAGUCAGAUGUCCGCGGUCUGUGGGCCUCUCCUACAAUGGUUGGAGGACAGACUAGAGCAAAACCAGCAGCGUUUGCAGGAGUUGGAACAAGAAAAGGAAGCCCUUAUGGAAGAGCUGUCUUCCCUAGAAUAA